ACGCCAACAGCACUCGGCAAACAGUUGCCUUUCUGCCAGCACCAAGUGCAGUCCUCACUUCGCAGACUACUUCUACCAAGCAACAAUGACAGCGAUAGGAAAGAUCGGUUUCCUGGGUGGUGGCAAUAUGGCCAAGGCUUUGGCCAAGGGGUUCCUGGCAGCAGGUUUGGCCAAGCCCAGCACACUGAUUGCCAGCGUUCAUCCUGCGGAUAAGCUCUCCCUGCAGUCCUUCCAGUCGCUGGGAGUGGAGACAGUGACUCAAAACGCCCCAGUUGUGGAACGAUCCGAGGUAGUAUUUGUGUCCGUAAAGCCACAAGUAGUGCCCACGGUUUUGGCCGAAAUUCAGCCCAUCAGCUCCAACAAACUCUUCUUGUCCAUCGCCAUGGGCAUCACCCUGCCCAGUAUCGAAGCCAGUCUGUCUCCCCAAGCUCGAGUCAUCCGCGUGAUGCCCAAUCUUCCAGCCGUGGUCUGUUCAGGCUGUUCGGUAUAUGUUCGGGGAUCCAAAGCAACAGAUGCAGAUGCAGAGGUCACUCAGAGACUCCUCGAAUCUGUGGGAACCUGUGAGGUGGUCGAUGAGUCCCAAUUGGAUGUGGUAACCGCUCUUAGUGGUAGUGGACCUGCCUAUGUUUUCGUGAUGAUAGAGGCGCUAGCAGAUGGAGCGGUCCAUAUGGGAAUGCCAAGGGACCUGGCUUACCGACUAGCCUCCCAAACGGUACUAGGCUCUGGUCAUAUGGUGCGAGAUAGCGGUAUGCAUCCCGGACAACUCAAAGACGGCGUCACAAGUCCGGCGGGUUCGACGGCAGCCGCCCUCAGACAACUCGAACUGUCAGGUUUUCGAGCUGCUGUGGCUGGAGCGGUGGAGCAGGCGACGCUGCGGUGCCAACAGAUCUCGGGCAAGUCAUCGUAGACACAUAGGAUUCAUUAUGUACACUAGGACAGAUUCUUAUAAUAAAUUAAUAAUAGUAUGAAAA